GUAUUGAAAUUGCUCAACGUAAUGACGUAGUGGUUGAGUACGCACGCAACGUGCCCCUGUUCUGUUGACUGGGAAGCCCCUAGCGCGGAGCUGCCAACGCCCGGCAUAGAGACACAAACAGUGGAAACGAUCUUGAAUGAGUAGAAAGGACUGUAAGAAGCAGCUAUGCAGACCAUCAAGUGUGUUGUAGUGGGGGACGGUGCUGUGGGUAAAACAUGCCUGCUCAUCUCGUACACCACAAACAAGUUCCCGUCGGAAUAUGUUCCUACGGUGUUUGAUAACUAUGCUGUAACUGUAAUGAUUGGAGGAGAGCCGUACACCCUGGGCUUGUUUGACACAGCGGGUCAGGAAGACUACGACAGGUUACGACCUCUGAGUUAUCCCCAGACAGAUGUCUUCCUCGUCUGUUUCUCCGUUGUGUCCCCCUCCUCUUUUGAAAACGUCAAAGAAAAGUGGGUUCCAGAGAUCACCCACCACUGUCCAAAGACCCCCUUCCUUUUAGUCGGGACUCAGAUUGACUUGCGGGACGACCCAUCCACUAUAGAGAAGCUGGCCAAGAACAAGCAAAAGCCCAUCACUCCGGAGACAGCCGAGAAGCUGGCGAGAGACCUCAAGGCUGUGAAAUAUGUGGAGUGCUCAGCCCUCACACAGCGAGGGCUGAAGAAUGUAUUUGACGAAGCUAUCCUAGCUGCCCUCGAGCCGCCUGAGACACAGAGAAAGAGGAAGUGCUGUUUAUUUUGAACGAUGUGCCAACACUCUAAACCCCUCCCUGGCUGAUCCACAUUAUUCAUUUAUUUACUUCCUGUCCUUACUCUCUCUAUCUUUAAAUGUGCUGCUUUUGAAAUCUAUACCAAACUCAAUCUCAUCUAACAAUACAUGAGUUGGCUUCUAACCUCGGUCCUGACAAACUACUACAACUGCUCUUUGUUUCUUGGCCUUCUUUACUGGUUUGAUGAUUUUCUGACCAUCACUGACUUUAACUUGAUGCCUUUUCUAACCUUUAAGUUCUGACACUUGGUCAGGUUAGUGCAUUAAUCCACGUCUUCAGAAUACUCCUGUAGGCGUUAUGAGGAAAUGUAUCAAGGGUUAAUAAACCUGUGACAACACCAUUGUUACAGAUUAUAUGGUUUAUUUAAUGAAGCCUCCAGUAAUGGGCUAAAGGAGGAGGAUGGUAGAAUCAGGUAAAGACAGCGUUAAAAAAAGCAAUGCAGAGAUGUUGUCAUCCAAAGUUAAAUAUACAAAGUGUUUUCCCUCUGCAGGAGGAAAGUAAAUGUUGCUCCCUCACAGAGGUAGAAAACGUUCUGACCUGGGUGUUAAAGGGAUAUUUCAGUGUUUUUGAAGAGGGGUUGUAUGAGUUUUAAAUCACUAGGAGCCCCAACGGAUGCUGCUCAGCUCGGCCCCUUUAAUGAGGAACUGCAGGGAGAAACAGCACGCAAGCUAGGCUACGGUUUCUGCAGACGGGGUCAUGUGAUUCAGCAAAAUUUAUGUCGGUGUUUCUGUGAAGCAGCGUGGCGUUUAUGUUUACAUUUUACAGCCAUACUCAGUCUCUGGAAACGUGUGUAGUAGUGUGAGAUUCAGAAACGGAGAAAAUUGCAGCAUCUGUCUCUAAUGUGUUCUUCUUCUUUUGCUAUAUAAUGCAGUUAGCAUUCUUCUUCUUCUGUUUGCUAAGGCAGUUAUUAAACAGUUUUCAGACGCUCUGUAGCCACCGUUGCGCGGGAAUACCGUAUUACAACCAGGCACCGGAAAAAGCUAUGUAAAUGAGAAAAUAUUCAAAGUAACUCUUCAAUUUUUACAAAGUGAACGAACAUUUGAAUCUUUGAAAAAUUGUUGCCCACCCCUAGUUUGUUUUUGUGCACUAUUUUCAGACACAACACAGACUUACUAUUCCGCCUGCAGCACACUGAUCAGCUAACCAGAUCUUUACUGUACUUCACUGACAUAUUGUUAAUUUUGACAUUUUUGUAUCUCAGUUUUGUGUCAUGUGAAGCAGGAAACACCUCAAAUCACCUGGCGGACACAGUGACGUGUAUAGUGUCUGUUAUAUCAGCUCAGUCUUCCCCUUCAGCACCUCACACAGUGUAUCUUCAACAUGUACACAUGUUGUGCAGAUCAUGGGUUGUGUCACAGUGCAAUAAAAAAACAGCGAGAGCCGAACACUUACUUUGAAGACGAACCUCCAUUCGGCUUUUCUGGUUUUCUGAUUUAACUCCUGAACAUUGAAGAAAGUCAGAAACAAACUUCAGCGUUCAGUUCUGUAGUGGACUCUGGUUGAUGAGUGUCACAGUCUGCAGCCCUGUUUGAUCCACUGGUUUAUCUUUAGUCCCAAAAGUCCAGAAGUACUGUUGUUACCAAGUCUCACUCGUGACAGGGAGUAGUUUUCUCGGUUCGUCAGCAUUAGCUCGCAGUUAACACACCUGCACCACAUGGUAAGUCUGGAUCUCGUCUGCUCUCCAGUUUAGCUCUGAAGUUUCUCCAUUUUUCCCUCCGGCGCAUUGAAUCUGCUCAUAAAGGUGUCCACGUCAGAAUCACUCAUUAUUUAAUUUGGUUGUAUUUUUGUCUCUUUGAAGCUGUGGACUUGAACAGCUGAUCAGUGUGCUGCAGGUGGAGGAGCACGUUUGUGUUGCGUCUUUCGAAUCGAGAUCUUUCAAAAUGAGCUAAAUCAUGUUUCAGGACCAUAGACUGUAUAAAAUAUGGACGUAGUAUCCGUGACGUCACCCAUCUGUUCCUGAGAGCUGUUUGGAAGCAAAUCGACGGCAGCAGCCAUAUUGGUAAUGCGGAAGUCAACUAGGCAGAGUGUAACGUAGUGUGAGCCUCUUAGCCAAUGGUUGUGUGUUCCCGACCGGGAGUCACGUCAGUCAUGUCCUUAUUUGGGCAAAACUGGUAAUCUUAAUAUCUUCUGAACCGUCACGUUAGAAAAAAAUUCACCCCCCGUACAGUGUGUGCCGAUAGAGAGAUUAGCGUUGUAGGGCCAAGCCGUUUUUUGAACCAGGCUGUAAACAUGUUUAUUAAUGCUGCAAAGAUCGUCUUUUUCCCAUUCAUAUCUAUGUGGUUUCCGGUGUUUCUGCAGCCAGCCUCAAGCGGAUUUUCGAUGUAUUGCAGUUUAUAGCACUUCCGCAUUGGCUUCAUCGUUUGAGACCGGAGUUUGCCGCUUGGUCAGGACUGACCCCGUCUGCAGAAACUGUAACCUAGCUUGCGUGCUGUUUCUCCCUGCAGUUUCUCGUUAAAGGGCCCGAGCUGGCCGGCAUCCGUUGUGGCUCGCACUAGUGAUUUAAAACACCCAACCCCACUUCAGAAACACUGAGUUUUAAGAUUCUAGUAUUUAACCGUUCUGGUGCUUCAGUGUAUCUUUGGCAUCUCUGGCUACGUCAGCUUAGUUAAAAAUCUUAAUUUACACAACGUUAAUACGGCUGUGGGCCGACAGCAGAACGGUCUCUCUCAGAGGAUGUAGUCUGUAAUUCUUUGUUUGUUCAGUCACGAAGUCCUUCCUCUCUGUAGUCCUGUAGUACUGGUCCCUGUGGAGAGGGUUUGGACUGCCUCACUUUGCUGAGAUUUAUUUCAACACUAAACAGAGCUUCCAUUUCUAAUGCCUAUUUUUUCUACUACUAUUGAUGCCUGAUAAACACAAACUGGAGUCUCACGAUGUUUCUAUCCAGGGUUUGAAGCACUGAAUUCAUAUAUAGGGAGUGUUCGGCCAUCUUGACUGCAGAACUACAAGACUGAUUUCUUUUAGGGCGGAUGAUUGAUGCAGUUUAUAAAGAAUCCUCACCCUACAGUUCGAAAAAAAAGGACUUUUACACCUUCAUUUGAUCCCACACUCUCUAUAUAUGACCCUCGUGCUGUUAUCAGUGGUGCAUUUCAUGUUGUGUUGAAGUCCAGAUAAUGAAAAGCUAUAAUUGUGUGAAAUUACAUGUGAAAUUAAAGAAUAAAAGAUAAAUGAACUUGC